CCCUGGUUGUCGCUGAAACGCCAGAAACGGUCUUUUUGGAAUCAUCAAUGCCUUUUCCUGGCUGUAGAUAUCCAUCAUGACUGCGCUACGAAGAGUCAUAUCUCUUAAUGCUGCCGCCAUUGCGGCGCGGCAGACUCGAACCUCAAUUGCCCGCUCGCGAUUGCUGUCGGCAUCUGCGACUCAGUUCCGUACCUAUGCCGUAACCAACCCCCGACGGCAACAGGCCUUCCAGUCGCAAACGGAUAGCAUCCCCAAAUCCUCUGCCUUCCAGUCCUCUCUGCACUCCGCCACCCCGACCAACCCACAGACACUUACCGAGAAGAUUGUACAACUUCACGCAGAUGGCCUCCGUGAAGGAAGAAGAGUCAAAGCUGGCGAUUAUGUUACGUUGCGACCUCAUAAAAGCAUGACCCACGACAACUCCUGGCCCGUAAUUACCAAGUAUAUGGAAAUGGGCGCCACCUCAGUCAACGAUAAUCGCCAGGUCGUCAUGACACUUGACCAUGACGUACAGAACGACUCUGAACAAAAUCUACGCAAAUACCGCCUGAUUGAGGAGUUUGCCAAGACGCAUGGCAUAGAUUUUUAUCCCGCUAAACACGGAAUCGGGCACCAAAUUAUGAUUGAAGAAGGCUACGCUUGGCCGGGAACCGUUGCCGUUGCUAGCGAUAGUCACUCCAACAUGUACGGUGGUAUCGGAUGUCUUGGCACGGCUAUUGUACGCUCAGACGCUGCAAGUGUCCUGGCAACCUCUACAGUAUUCUGGCAGGUUCCACCAAUUGCGAAAGUCACUUUCACCGGCGUCCUGGCUCCGGGGGUCACAGGCAAGGACGUGAUCAUAGCAUUAUGUUCCUUGCUGCAAUCUGAUGUGCUCAACAUGUGCGUCGAGUUUACCGGGUCUGAGCAGACUCUGGACAGCAUCCCCAUUUCCGAACGAUUGACAAUCGCCAAUAUGACAACCGAAUGGGGAGCGCUAUCAGGACUCUUCCCUGUUGAUGACAAGCUCAUCUCAUGGUACCGCGGCAGAGCCACAGUUGCAGCCAUGUCUGACAGUCCUACCAAGGAUCGGAUAAAUCACGAGCGGAUUGAUGAGCUUUUGGAGAGCCCUAUGGUUGCUGAUCCUGGUGCUAAAUAUGCCAAGGAAUUUUAUCUUAACCUCUCCACCCUUUCGCCCUUUGUUGCUGGUCCCAACUCUGUGAAAGUUGCCAACCCCGUCAAGGACCUCGAGGCUCAAGAUAUUGCUGUGGACAAAGCAUAUCUUCUGAGUUGCACCAAUGGCAGGAGCGAGGAUUUUGCUGCUGCUGCUCGUGUAUUCCGUGAGGCUGGUACAGAUGGCAAGCCUGCCAAGAUUCAUCCUCGUGUCAAGUUCUAUCUUGCACCUGCAUCUCUGGCUGAACAGAAAAUAGCGGAAGAGGCCGGAGACUGGCAGAUCCUCGAACAGUCUGGAGCUGUGCUCUUACCAGCAGGGUGCGGACCAUGCAUAGGACUCGGUACUGGUUUGCUCGAGGAAGGCGAGGUAGGCAUCUCGGCGAGUAAUAGAAACUAUAAAGGGCGCAUGGGUAGCCCAAAGGCACUGUGUUAUCUCGCCAGCCCUGAGGUAGUCGCAGCCAGUGCUAUUCGUGGUAAAAUCACUAGCCCUGGUUGGUACCUGAAGCCCGAAGGUGUCGAGAAGGUUAUCUUUGGCGAGGGAACUGGUGACUUUGUUGCCGACAAAGCUCACGCCGUGGGAAAUGCCGUUGACCAAAUCAUUGGCGAGAUGGAGAGCAUGAUUAGCGCUGCUGAAGGAGCCGCUGAAGAAUCGGCCAGCCCAGUGGCCACUGAAGAAGAGACCUUGACUGACGUCCUCCCGGGUUUCCCUGAGAAGAUCGAAGGCGAGAUUGUUUUCUGCGAUAAUGACAACAUCAAUACUGAUGGCAUCUACCCUGGCCGCUACACCUACCAGGAUGGCCUGACCAAGGAGCAAAUGGCCAAGGUGUGCAUGGAGAACUACGAUACCGAGUUUGGCAAGAUCAUUAAACCAAAUGAUGUGCUGGUGGCUGGUGGAAAUUUUGGUUGCGGCAGUUCCCGAGAGCAGGCUGCCACUUCUAUCCUAGCCAACCAGAUUCCUCUCGUUGUUGCCAGUAGCUUCGGCAACAUCUUCAGCCGCAAUAGCAUCAACAACGCCCUCCUUGGACUUGAGAUCCCAAAACUGGUUGAGCGGCUUCGUGAAGCGUACAAGGACGAUGCGGAGAAGCCCCUGACUCGUCGUACAGGCUGGAAGUUGCUUUGGGACGUCCGUCGCUCCACGGUUACCAUUACGGAGCAAGAUGGCUCCUCUUGGGAGCAAAAAGUUGGAGAGAUGCCUCCUAGCGUUCAAGAAAUCGUCGCUAAGGGGGGUGUGGUGAAAUGGGUUCAGUCGAAGAUGCAGGCUCAAAAUGUGUGACUGGUAUUGUGAAUAAACAAAUAGAGUUUAUAUCCGUAUGUAUUAUUCUAUGUAUAUGUAUUCAAGC